AAGUGCCAUGUAAUAACAUUUGACAAAAAUGUGGCUUGUGGUUUUACUCUACCCAUCAAUUUAGAAAAUUCUGGUGAUUGAAUAAUCCAGUUUCCAGCUAGUUGUUUUCUCUUCUUUCAUCCACCAAAUCCCACACCCCACCCCCUCCACAAAACACCCCACCCUUUUCUAUCACUUUGUCAUCAAACCCUUUUCCAAGAAUUGGCAAAUUCUCAUCAGAUUUUUGGAUUUUAGCAUCUGGGAUAUCAAAAUCUUUGAAGUAACUUGCUGUUCUUGUUUUCUUCUUGCUUAAAAAGGGUGCCUUUUUGGGGCUUUUUCCUUAAAAGAGGUUGUGUAGCAAGUAACUGUGAUUUCUUGAUUCUUCAGUUUAUUGUUGAAAAGUCAUAGUAAUUGGUUGUUGCUUAAUCAAGAUUGCAACUUUAUGUUUGAUUUUGCUUCAGAAAUGGUUAAAGACAGCUUCUUUGGAUAAUUUUUUCUUAGUUGGUGUUGUUUUUUUGUUCUUGUUCAAAAAGGGUACAUUCCUUUGGUAAUUCUUGAAGGUGGGGUUGUAGCUAUACUUCAGUUUUUUGUUGGAAAGUUGCUGUAAUUGGUAGUUGAUUAAUCAAGAAUACAAUUUGUACUUGAUUUUGCUUCAAAAAUGGUUAAAGAAAGGUUCUUUGGAUAAUUUUGCUUUGUUGGGUUUUUGCUUUAAACCUAUCAAGAAGGGUAAAUAGUUGAUUCAGUUUGAGGAGAUAGAAUGAAGGAUUUUGCUGGCACACCUGGUACUUUAACUGGGCUUUUUCUGAGGAUGGCUCAGUGCUUUUUUGCUGCUGGUGCAAUUGCCUCAAUGGUUACCUCUAAAGGUUUCUUCAAUGUCACAGCUUUUUGCUACUUAAUAGCCUCAAUGGCUUUGCAAGUCAUCUGGAGCUCUGGACUUGCAUUUUUGGAUGCCUAUUUCUUGGCAAAGAAGAAGUCUUUUCACAAUCAUGUUUUACUGAGCCUCUUCGUAGUUGGAGACUGGUGUACAGGAUUACUAUCGCUCGCUGCAGCUGCUUCUUCAGCUGGCGUAGCAGUGUUGUACUUUCAUGACUUGGGAAGUUGCAGUUUCGGCGAGGAAUGCACCAAGUUCCAGUUAUCCGUUGCGUUUGCUUUCCUCAGUUGGAUAUCGAUUUUUAUAUCUUCUCUAAUUAUGUUUUGGAUAUGGGCUGCUGGUUAGACGACUCAACAGGGUGCUGCAUUCAUCUGUUGCUGCUGUAUUUCGUCACUGUCCAAUUUUUGAAGUGUGAAUAGGGGAAAAAAUUAGGAAAAAUAGAGUAUUCAUUUUGUAUACUGAUACUACAGAAUGCUUAUUUUUCUUUUAUCAUCCGUACAGAAGAAACUGUAAUCGAUCAUUUGAAGUUAAUUGAGGAAGAUUUUUUUUGUCUUA